GGCACUCACAGAAAACUAUAAUGGGCGCUGCUUACACGAUUUUUGGAAAACAAGUUCCCUCCCACAUCCUUGCUAUUUUGACCUUAGGAUCUGUGGCCGGAGUGGUGGCUUACCCCCGGUCCAAGUCCGAGGCCACGCCAACCCCCACUCCAGCUCCCGCAGUGACGGUUGCCUCCAAGGAAGAUGAUUUCGACUUGGAAAAAUUCAUCAAUGAUUUGUCCAAGGAAGAAACUAAGUAGAAAUAUACAGACUUUGGUUAUCGGGGUAGCGGCUCUUUGUAGUGUCUGCCCGUUGGAACUCAACUUCAAACCUCAACAAAGGUGGAAUGAUGUAGAACAAUAUGGCAGUAAUUUGAUGGGGAAAGACUUGGAACAAAAUGGCAGUAAGGAAGAUAACAGUUUAGCCUGCUUCCACACACGUCAAGUUCAACAGUGCCUUGAAUGU